GGGAAAAGCCCGCAAACUAAAGGUAUUAUUUAUCUUUAUCCAGUUAGAAUAUUGAGAGUAUUGGUAAGGAGGACAGGAUAUUUCGUGAUUCACAUCUGGAGAAUUAGUGUGGUAAUUCGUAUGUGAACAUUAUUUUCCACUAGUUUUAUAUAUUUACUUAAUAACAAAUCAGGAUAUAGGGUGCGUGACAUUUGGUGAUUCACAUCUGGAGGAUUAGUGCAAUCAUUCAAAUGAGUUCGUUUUUCGGUUUUGUGCAUCUACUGAACAACUUAUCAGAAAUUGUCUCUGCCAUUCAAAGUUGCCAUUCUCAUUUCUAACGGUUCAGUCAGCUGCAGGCGGUCGGGUGAUCGCGUGCUGCUCGCGCGACCACAAUGGGGCGCACGAGUAAUGUGCCAUUUGCCCAUCUGUCGCUCGAGCGUGUACCAGCAGCAGCUGGACCGUUAGAUGCAUUUUGGGUUUACUUUUACCAAGGCUUCAAGCUAGGACGGCUUUGCGGUCUCGCAUUCCUUUGGGAGUCUGUCUUGAAAAUAUGAUUAUCAUUCUCGUAAGAGUUAUAAGGCAAGUUUAACAAUAUGGCAUUAAAGGAUCCAGCUGAAACAUCAAAAUUGCGUGAUUCUCAAAGUGAAAGUGAUGAAAUACUUCCAUUGCCAAAGCAGGCAUUAUGGGAUGAAGAUGUGCAAGAAGAUAACAUAAGACAUCGAAUUUUAGCUAGAAGAGAAACUAUAAGGAAGAGGCUUGCUGAAGAAUCUGAACAUGCAUUACUACUUGACCAAACUGAAAGGCAUAGGAACAAGAAUUUAGAAGAAAAUGAAAAUCAACUGGCUGAUGUGAUACGAAGCAGAGUGAGAGAUAAACUGAAAGCAGUAAAAGCUGGGAUUACAAGUUCAUUCGUACAAGAAUUCAAAGAACCUUCACCCAAUCUGCAACAGUUAAAAGAUGAACUAGCGACAAGAUUUGAUAAGACAUUAAAUUUAGAAUCAGAUGAAGCAUGUCAAUUUUUUACUUCUGCUUUGAAUUUGUCAACUGAAUCAGUGAUACAAGAAGAUGAGUUGGCACAACUGAAAGAUUUAUCUUCUGAAUUUCGUCUCACUGGAUUGGAGGAAAAUGAAGAGAGUGAAAUUCAAUUUCCUGGAAGUAUAUCAGAAGAAAAGGCCAAAUUUGACUUGUUUCUAACUGAACAUGUAAUCGAAAGGAUACCUGCUGAAUAUCAGAAUCUUCAAUUACGGAGAGAAAAUAUGAAAAAUCUCUUCAUUCCUAGUACAUUACCAGUCACUCUAAACAGUAAACUUCCAAGAAACACUGCACCUCGUGUCUUGGAGGAAGAAGGUUUUUAUGUCAGUCAAAAACCAGAUGUGUCAGAAAAAAAUAUCAACAAAAUGGAGAAUCGCUUUCUUAGGGAAAAAAAAUACUGGUUUGGGGAAGAUGGAAAUAUUAUUGCAUUACCAGAUCCAAUUAAGUUAUCCUGGAAGUGUAGACAGUCAUCAGCAGAUGAUGUAGAAGAUCCUAAAACAAGACUAAAAACUGUGUAUAAGAAGGCCAUAGUGAGUGAACUAGCAAAAGAUAUUGACAGUCAUUUUGUGGAAUUUUCUCAAAUCUACCAACUGGAUAUAAAUAUUGGAAAUUUGCAUUUUGUUCACCAUCCUUUGUUUAGCAAAGAGCAUGUUUUAGCAGUGAAGCUUAUGCAACUUUUUGACAAUUAUCAACAAAGGCAAAAGCAAAAUGUUAGCCAGCUCCUUGCAGAAAAGCUUCACACACUAAAUAAUGAGAUAAAAAAUGUAGAAAGACACUUGGAAGCAAAUUCUAUAAAUCUCAAUAGAAUUGAAGACUUAAAGAAGCAAAUGGGGGAAACAAAGAGACUUCUCAAUGUUGAAAAGGAAAAAGAUCGUACUCUGAUAACAAACAUUUUGAAGGUCUGGAAACAGAUAAAAAAUGUACGGAUUUUAAACAAUUACAUCUGUACACCAGUAAAGCUCCAAUUGCAAGAGUUGGAAGUGAAUUAUGAAGCAUUUGGAAAGCAAUGUGAAGUGGAAUACAUUGCAGAAGUAAUUGGACUCGAACAACAACUUCAACAACAGUUUUGGAAAGAAAUGGAGACAUAUAAUGAAAAAUUGAAAAAUUUGCAAAACAAACAGAAUGUCAAAAGAAGAAAACUUACAGAAGGAGAUGAAUCAGUCAGUGAAGAUACUGAUGAUGACAUAGGAAAGCCACCAGUACUUUCUACGCCAACUGAUAGAAAGAAAAUGGAAGAUAUGGCAAGAAAAAGAAGCUCAUGGAUUCAGAAGCAACAGAUUAAGCCUACUUUGAUUCCUAAACUAUUACUGACUGUGGAUGUGACACCAACCUCUCAAUGCUCUGGGUAUUACUUUUGUUAUCUGUUGCAAAACAUUCAAAGGGCUGAAUUGCAAAGAAGGAUGGAAGUGGAAAACCAUAAGUUCUUCAUUCGUAUUUUCUACAAUGACAAAUUUGUUUCCUCUACUGUUAUCUCACAAUUACUGCCAGAUUUCAGUGUACAAUUUAGACAAAUAUUCAAUAUUCAGAUAAUUCACAAACCUGAAAGCAUUAGAUUUGAGGGAUAUACUAUUGAGGGCCACGAUAAUGGAAAUGUAGGUUCCUGGGAGCCCACUUACGUUGAGAUUUGUGAAUUAGUGAACAAAAAUAUCAAACUACUGGCAAAGGUGUAUAUACCCAUUCCUGAUGUAACCACAAUUACCAAUACCGCGGUUUUGGAAGAAGUAGAAUUUGGUAGUGAUGAGAUAGUAACAACUACUCAUGAAGGAGUUGGAAGUAAUGUACCAUUUGUUUUGGAUGAAACAAAAUCUGAAGAAUAUUUUUUAUUGACUUCCGGAAAGCUGCUGUAUGCUGUUUCAUGGGGAGUGGAUAAAGAUGGCCUUGCCCUUGCACCACCUGCACCAAAACCAAAAACCUAUAAAGAAAGCGUGGAUGCUAUUGCAUCAAUUGGGAUGUCUUGGUUGAAUGAUUUGCAGAAACUUGCUGAGUGGGCGAGAAAAGCCAGGGUGGAUCCCAAUGAUCCGCAGAAUUCAGAUUUAAUGCAAGUAAUUAAGUAUGCAACUGAGGAGGGCCAAUAUGCUCCUGAAUACUUUAGAUUAGACCAAAUACAAGAAGAGUUUAAUUUUGUGCCAGAUAAAAAACUGGAGCUCUCUAAACGUUUUCGAUUACUGAUGCUUAGAAAUUCUGGAGUUCCUGAAUAUUGUUGCUUUAAGCAAGUGCCGCCAUAUGACAGAGAGAUAUCUGACAAUAUUUUCGAGGAAUUUGAAAGCCAAAGGGAUGACGUUUUUAUAAUUAUGGGUGAAGAUUCACUGACAGAACAGAGAAUGAUGGCACUCAAGCAUCUAGAAAAGGUGAAAGCUUCUGUGAUGAAAAAGCUUUUGAGGGUCAAGCACCAUUAUACAGUGCAAGAUAUGAUUGUUGAAUGUGAAGAAAUUAGAACUAUAAGCCAAAUAAGUCUUGCCAUGUUAAACAUGAUUGCACCUCGAAAAACAUUGAAACCACUGCGUAAGGAGAGAAAAAAAAUACCUGCCCAGACCUUGUCUGAUGGAGAUGUCAAGUUGCUUAUUAAUGUAUUAGGAGCAUACAACAUUCCAAUGAGGAAAUGUAUUGUUAGGUACUUCCAGGAUACUUUCAAUGUCAUGGCUGAUUCUAAGAAGCCAAGGAUGAAGAAAUUCACCGUGACUUUAAUGGACACAGGCAGGAUUCAAGUGCAACCAUUUGUUGAAGUUACCUUCCAGCAAACAAUGUAUCAGACAAGUAUUGCUGAUGGAACCCAGCCAUGUUGGAAUGAAAAACUUGAAAUGGAUUUCAAAUCACCUAAUGGAGAUUACAACAGUGCAGCCUUAUGCAAAAUGAAGGACAAAAUAUUAAUUAAUAUAUUUGACAAUAUAAGUGUUCCUAAUCCAGAGCAGCAAGCAGCACUAACCAUGGUGGAAGUGUUUCAAAAAGAUAUUCAAAAAUAUCGCACGCCCAAUAUGUGCUACGAUCAAGAUUCUCUGGACAUUCAAUACCUAGAUUCUAGAUUCUGUUACUUAUUGACAGCACUUGUUUUCAGUUUUAAGGACAUAGAUAAUGCAGCUAAAGCUACUGAUAAACUGACAAGAGGGGCUAAGGAGCCGCUAUUCUCACCAGAAGCUCCCUUCGAGAGUGACUGCCUUGAGACUUGCAAUAUUAAGCCACAUGUCAAGCAUUGGCUGGGAUCCAUUGCUAUUCCAUUCAGUACGGUACUUGAACAAUCAAAGGUGAAUGGUACUUUCAGAAUAGACACCCCACCAAUGUUACUAGGAUAUACUUGGAAGAAAAUAGACACAGGCUCUUGUGAGCAAUUUUAUGAGUUUGGACUUGCAGAAAGUUCACUUCUAACAAUCUUUUUAACCUUGGAUCCUCAAGUUUCUUGUUCAGAUAUUGAAGAUAGCCAACCACUUCUCUGGCAGUUGGAAACAAUAGAAGAUGAAGAUUUGUUGCAUAUGGCACAUACAUUUCAAAAAGAUAUGCAAAAUCUUUACCCAAAGCGAAGAAUCAUUGUCAAUACUAUUGACACUGAAUGUAGAGUUGGGAUUGUUACAAGAUAUAUCAGACCACUUUGUCCACCACAAGAACUGCUUGAUAUAUUUCCUGAAAAUUCCAAGGCAACCUUAAAUGUUAUAGCUAGAUUUGUGUCCUUGAUUCCAUACCUUCCAGAACACCUAGGCUUUUCAGAUGCCUGCAAUACUUGGCUGACAUCACAGCAAUUUCUUAAUCUGAUACUUGGAGGUAAAGAGGACCACGCAGUCCUUCUUUGUAACUAUUUCUUGUACAUGAAGGUGAAUGCUUUUGUGCUGUUGGGAACCUCAAUUCUUGAAGGAGUGACAGCAUAUGUGAUUACUCAAGAAAAAACAGCCACCAUGAUUUGGAAUCCAGAAACUGGAGAGUGUUAUGACCAGUACAAUGCUUUCUGUCCACUUCAAAGUGCUGAUUGUUUGAUCAAUAAAGAAAAUGUCUGGGUUAAUAUUCAAAAGAACAGUCUCCCAAUGAGUGUAAAUUUUGAUGUCACAAAGGAAUAUAAUUGGCGGCCAUUCUUCACCAAGGGUUCUCAGAAUUAUGUAUUAUCUUCUGUACAGCCGCAAGAACUAAUCUACUACUCUACAGAAAGAAGCCUUGUUGAUAAAUUACAGAGCAGAAUUGAAUGGGCAUUGAAGAACAAAAUCAUGGAAUGGAGAGCUCACCACCCUACACGAUGGAACCGUUACUGUACUGGAGUGUUUCAAAAUUUUCUUCCACUACUUGAACAAAACCUUGGUCGCUCAGUAAGUGAAGAACAGAGCGCAGGAUUAGAGAGUUUAUUAAAAGAAUUCAAGGUUUCUGGAUUUCCUAUGCACAUGCGCUAUUCAAAUUUGCAGGCAAUAUUUGAUAAAGUCUACAGUACUGGUAUUCAUAAUAUAGAAAUCCCCAAUGUGGAAUUUGCUGUCGCAGUGUAUGUUUAUCCAUAUCCUAACAAUGUAUUAUCAGUGUGGGUCUAUGUAGCAUCUUUGGUACAUUUAUCCAUGUCCUAA